AAAAACAUAUUAUCUCUUACUGUCAGGGGUUAAUUUUGAUAUAAAUGCUUGUAUAUUUAAGAAAAGUGGUUUGUUUAAACGUUUUAGGAGCAUUCUUAUGAUAGGAAUAUGAAGUGUGACUGUUUGUAAUUACUAAACAAAUGAACUUCUAAAUAGCGCGUGUUGAAGCUGAAAAGUGUUUGUCUUAAAUGCUAGAGUUUAGUCUUAAUUUGAAUAAACCGUUGUUGUUUUUUCAUAGCGGUGUUGCGCUGGCAUUUUAUUGUGUAGAUUUCUUUUUUGAAAAAGCCAUAUAGGUAAUGUAUUGUGACGGUGGUGUUCCAUACACUGCUAAUCAUAGGAAACUCCAGUGGAGUGACUAACUCUUUGAAUCUUCACAUGGACUCAGAACAUCAAUUCGGUAAAUAAUUAUAUAACUAAACAAAAACGUUUCGAAUUGAAACUUAUAUCAUCGUUGAGAAAAAAGUAUGUAUUGGUAGUGAUUCAUCGGACGUAAUUUCGACAGAGUGGCAAAGACAGAGCAUUUUUAAUGGGAUAUUUAUUAAUUAUUCGCUCUUACAUCAAAGUGUAUGAAAUGAAAUUAAAAUCUAGUUUAUCACAAGAGACAAACUGAAAAUGAAGGCAAAUCUUGAUGCUACAGACAUCCUUCAUGAAGCAGAUGCAUAAAGCUGGUUGACAUGCAACCAACUUAAUAUUAUGAAAAAUAAGAACCAUCUGGACGCUACAUCCAUCUACAAACGAAUGACAGUAUUAUGUGCUCGAGGGUUUUUGGAAGAAGCAGGCUUUAAAAAAGCAUAAACAAAGUGUCACUGAAGUCGUUAGGAUAUAAUAUAGUACAAUAUGACUUACAAUUGUGACCGAUUGGAUUGCCUCGAUAACUUGCCUCGAGUUGGAACGAGUAUUCGACAGAACAUGUGAUACGUUAUGGCAAAAAUAGCCGACCUUUUAUGGAACGGAACAAUCUUUCAUUUUUGUACUACAUCUUCCUUUAGGAUGUUGUUUUUUUGUGUUGUUGUUUUUACCUCAUUGUUGUUUUCCAUAGGAAUCACAUUAAGAGUAUAUUUAAACUGAGUUCGGAAGAGAGGCUAUACCAUUUUUGUUUUUUCUUAAAACAGAACGUAGCGAUGGGGCUUGCUUUGUACAGUGUUUAUGUGUGUUUCAUUUUAGCAGUGGAGUCAGCUGUGGCGAAAGAUAAAGACCCGUGUGAUGGUUCAACCAUGGGCAUAAUGCCCCACCCUGGCGAGUGCCAAUUGUUCUAUAACUGUUCGAGGACCGACUCUCCCUUUUUGCUCGGGAACCACGUACAGGAAUGCACCUACCCUGAUCUCUUUGACGCAACACUGUUAACCUGUCGUGAUUUUAGAGGGGUGGAUUGUGGGCCUAGGGUGGAACUUGUCAGCGGCUGUGAAUACAAGAGCAACAAAUGCAACGGUAGCCACUGCAAAGCCUGCUACAUCCGCUUUCCAAACUGCAAGGGUCUUCCAGAUGGUAAAAUCCCUAUCAACUGGCAAAUGUUCACUCAGUUCUAUGCUGAGUGCGAGAAGGGCCGCUUUAUUGGCAAACUAGAGUGUCCACAAGGGCUGAAGGGAGUGCCAAUGGUUUUCGACCCGUUUCAGGGCGUUUGCGAUAAACUGGAAAAUGUCAUUGCUUCUUCAGCUUAAAACGACCCGGUCACAGAUUUCGUGUUGCUUAUAAUAUUUUCAAACUGAAUAUUGUGAAUUGAACACGAUGCGCAUUGAAUAUUUAAACGCGUAACUUAUUUCAACGCUUUUCAGCAAAGUGACGGAUGCCCUGGCACAUCUCUCAAAUAUUUUUUUCAUUUGAACCGAGAAUUUUAACGAAAAUUAUUCAAUGUGCAAAAACGUUUGUUAUUUUGAUACUUUUCGGCAAAUCAAAAAAAAACAUUUUCAAAUAUGUAUUAUUUGAAUAGAAUAUUGUAAAUUUAACACGAAAACCAUCUUAUUUGUCCAAUAGCAAUACAAAUUUAAAGCCCGGCAAAAAGAAUUUUCAAAUAUGUUUUAUUUGAACAGAUUAUUGUUAGUUCAACACGAAAAUCAGUGUCCAACUUACUUAAGACGUUACUAAUUUUAAUGCUUAAAGUGAAACGCGACCACGUGCGAUUUUUCGAGUUAUUGUCUAAAAAUUGGUAUACAAAUAAACAACAUAGGCACAAUUAGGGACUGUUUUUACAUUUUUAAUAUUCGAAACAGACGUCCUAAAUAUUGACAUCGGUGUUAUAUCUUGAAGACUCGUAGUUUUAUAACUGUUUCGAAUAUAUUGAAAAUGUCAAAACAGUCCCUAGUUAAGCGUAUGCUUUUUUAUGUAUACCAAUUUUCAGACAUUAACUUUGAUUUCGCUCAGGGUCGCGUUCCACCUUAAGAGCAUUUUAUGUCACAUUCUCAGAUGUCUAUUUACACAAAAAUAAAAAUUAUCUUAUUACCAAGUCUGUGAGAUUCUUUUUAGCAAUGUAUAAAUAUGGUAUUAAAUUCAA